CCAUGUUUGUGUGUGUCUGAUGUUUUGUUUAUGUGCAUCGUGUGUGUUGCACCUGAGUGUGUGUGUGUUCCUGCCUGUCACUGUGUGUGUGUGUGUGUGUCUAUCCCCGAUAGGUGUGCAAAUUGCUUGGAUUCCUCUAGGACCCGGUGGGAGCGCUGUACACUCGGGCUACGCCGCACGUCAGUGACUGAAUGUACACGGAAGAGGAGGAGGCGGAGGCUGCAGCCAGUCAGCGAGGUACAAAGAACUGGGCAUUCACCUUUAAAUCCGUCCAUUUAAACAAAAUACUUCCUACUCUCGGCGCCGGCUCCCAUGGAUCCCACUUACCUGCGCACGGAGGCGGAUAAGGAGCAGCGGGCUUAAGCUGACAACCCAGGUUGACAAGAGGUCGGGUUUGACAGUCAGGAGGGCAGCGAGACGGAGCCGAUGGGGGACGUGGGCGCUCGCCGUUCUACGCUGGUGUCCAGGCUGCCCAUAUUCAGGCGGAGCUCCUCGAAAAGACGCGACUCCCUUCCCUCCUCCCCGUCGUCCGCCACCAAUGGAGUCCACACCUCCUCCCCGUCCAGCACCAACUCCAGCUCUAGCAGCGUGGGUAAGCGGAGGAGCAUCUUCCGCACCCCCUCCAUCGGCUUCCACUCCAAGAAGAGCCAAGAGCAUCGCCUGGAGUCCCGCGACCCCAACGCCAUCCUCCCCAACGGCGUCCAGGCGCCAGACGGUGCGGGCAGGAAGGACAACGUCAACGAGAACGCCAAGACCAAGAUCCGGCAUUCAUUUGGGUUGAGUGUCCCCCGGAGCAAGAGGAUCACCAGAUCGGCGACCGAAGACUUUGAGAAAGGGAAGGACCUCUCCCACAACAAAAACGUCUUCAUGAACUGCAUUAGCUCGGGGAGGUCGAGCAUCGACGAGGGAGAUGACUCUGGCUUCCCCGAUGACCACAGCAAGCGGUCCAUCAAGCAGUCCAGCAGAAAGCUGCUUCCCAAGUCCUUCUCCACGCACCACAAGCUCUCCAAACACAUUGCACGGAGUCAGUCCAUAGCCACAGCAGAGCAGCCCAAGGUGUCACCAGAGGUCACUGUGGACUCGUUGAGGCGUCCUGUGAUUGAAGAGCCCUCGAAGUAUCUGCAGGUUGACAACCCGGAAGGUUCUCUGCACUCACCGCUGCUCUCCAGCGACAACACCACCAUACUGACCCCGUCUGAAUUUGUGCCAAUGUCAGCCGACUCAGUCUCCGAGGCCGACAAGGAGAUUUUGGUCUCGGCCGAUCCUGACCGCGGCAAUGGCCAGUUCGAUGCGGCCGUCGCCGCUGCCGCUCCCACCGCCGUCAACGCGCCCAGCCUUGCCGCUAGAGUCUUGACCUACGCGGAGUGCAGCGUCGAGAAGGAGACGGCCCCGCUUUCAGACGUGGUCGCCCUCGAAACCCACCCUUACCGUCCCCAAGUGGCGCCCAGAGGGCAAGGAAGUCCACUGAUGGUUGGCCGCUUGGAAACAAAGGACGUUGUCCCCCGUGAACCACAAGCCGAUCUCACCGCUGAGGAGGUUGCUUCUGUUGCUCAUGAUCUUUCAUCACCUCAAAGUGGACCAGAGACGAUGAACCCUUCCAUUGGGAAGACCUGCAUGUUAGCCAGCACUAACUCUGUCUCUAUGAUGAAACCUCAGGAGCAAAGCCAGGGAACAUCUCAUUCAACAGUGACGAUGAACAGGACCUUCAGCCCCCGGCACGAGGACAAAUGGGCGGAGAGGCGCCUGAGGUCAUCCUCGGAAGGCACUUCGGGGAGCCGGAGAAACCACGGUGUCAGAGACGGCCAGCCUGAGGAUCUGCCCUGCCUGAAGAAGCAGAGAGCUGAUUCCUCAUCCUCCAAGAUGAACAGCAUGGAUGUUUUAAACAGACUGGGCUCGUGUGACUUGGAUGAGGAUGAUCUAAUGUUGGAUUUGGAGUGCGUGGAAGACCUGCAUCACCAGUGUGAGAGUGCCGCGGCUAAACGUUUUGUGUGCCGGGAAGACUCGAACCACUCCAUUAAAUCAUGCUUGGAAAUUCUACACGUUCCACCUGAACUGAAGAUGAAGCUCGAAGGGCCAAAGCUCCCAGAGGCUGCAAACGAGUCUCUGUGUAUAAAGGAAGGUGAGCAUGGGGAGGUCCGACCCGCUCACAACAACCACUGGCUUGGUGGACCACCAUCUGACUGCACCCUUCUGCGGGAGGAAGAGACGGCUGGUGGUCUGGACCCCUUGUCUUUACGACUGUUGAUGCAGGACUGCACAGCAGUGAAGACUAUGCUUCUCAAGCUGAAGAGGAUUCUGCAGGAGAGUGCAGAGAUGAGUCCGGCCAGCAGCACGCAUUCUCUUCCUGUCAGUCCUAACAUCGAGAUGCCCUUUGCUUGCAAGGACCCGAAAGAUGAAAGUGCGCUUCUCAGGCUUCAGCUGAGGGAGAAGGAUGAACUGAUUGCGCAACUUCGAGAAGAACUUGAUAGUCAUCGAAGUUUGCAAAAGACACUCACCUCGCAAGCUGACAAGUCCACGCAAACGGAGAUCCUCAGUCACGAGGCUUCGUAUCUAAUCCGAACCGUGAACCAAUCUCUCAUCACAAGGGACAGAAGAUUAGCACCUCUACGCACAGAGGACCCAUGUAAAUACUCAGUACCUACACAGGCUGCUGCCUGUGAGAUUAAACCUUGUCAGCUCUCAACCACAUACACCGGACAGCACCCAAAACUACCAGAGGCUGGGCGGGGGUUCAAGUCACUGAACGGCGGGGGGGAGAAUCCUUCAUCAGAACUGCUGCAAAACAUUCAGAGCAAUGGAUCCUGCAGGAGUUCCAUGCAGGGUAAAGUCAAGGCUGCGGGAAACGUGGAAGAGGUCUCGGAACUGGCAAGGAGCUGGAAGGAUAAGGCGCCCGUGCCCAGGCAGCAGUCUGUCUUCGUGGGGCGGCUUGGGCAGCCUCCGCGGGGACCCCUCUCCUUGCACAUGUACAGCAGAAAGAAUGUUUUCCUCCAGCACAGUCUGCACACCUCUGACCUGCAGGCUCUGGGUCAGAAAGAAGGCUAAACCACACUGCUGGCCGGAGAAUGGAUAUACGGAACUCACUGCUGCUUCUGCCGUGGCAGAGUUUCACCCAGGUACCAAAGGGAGGGGAAACCUCCUCCCCGAAACUCACCAAGCCUUUUGAUACUGCUGCCUCCCACAUUUUCCAAGAUUUCACUGACUUUUUUUCAUAACUAUUUCUAUCCAAAAAAAAUAUAUAAAAGCCAUUUUUCCAUAGGAACCUUAAUCCAACUGAGCAGAGGUGUGAUGAGUGGUAUCUUGCAUUUGGGAGAAAGGAUAAGGGAGCAUCGGUCUUUCAAUGAGACAGCAUAGGAACGGUGGGACAUAUAGGUGACACUUCUGGGCUGUAAGAUUAUCUGAUUGUGCUAGUCAGUGAGGUCUCAUUCCAUGUCUGCUAACAUGGGACCAUGAAGUGGUCCCUGGCUGUAUCAUUUCCUAUAUUUAAACAAAAAGAGAAAAAAGAUAGAAAUGAAUGUUUUAAUAGCUGAAAUGCAUUUGUAUGUGGAAACUAUUUACUUAUAGAGAAAGGGAGCAUGUUAAAAAUUAACCUUGCAUUUUCUGGAUGUGGAGUUUCACAGGAUGGCAUGCUUUCGUGAUGAGAAAUGUCAACUUAUUUUAUUACUGACUCUGAUUUUGAUUCCACAAGGCGGGAAGGUGUGUCUUUCGUAGUUGGUGAGUGAGAGGAUUGUUCGUGACUGUAAAUGUGCCAGCUUUGUAUGGCACGAGGACAUUGAAAGCAGAAGGAGUCUCUCCAUUUAAAGCCAUUUCCCCAAAGUCUCGUGUUGCAUUUUCAAUCGGGUGACUUUUAUUGGGGACAAGGCAAGAAUGUGCGCGCCUUAUGUUUUACACCACGAGCAGGAGGCUUGAAACGUGAGGGAGUUUUUUAAUUGACUCUUCUAGUCCUGAAAAUAACACUUGUGAGAUAUGGGUGAGUUGCAUUUUUCCAAAACAAGCAUUGAGACAUUUCCAAAAAAUUAAAUUACCAAGCAAGUUAUUUUGGUUUAGACUGCCUUGCUUUAUAAUAUAAUGUAUUAUUCCAUCCUUUCGAAUUUUCUUGCCCGUUUUAUAUAUCCUUCCACUGGAAAUAAAUAGGA